AUGAAUGGCACAGCGAAUCAGGGGUCGCUUGUUGGUGCCUUUUCAUAUCUCAAUCAAACAGCUCAUUCACUCGUUCCGGAGACCGUAAUAUUCAGCUCAUUGAUAAAUUACCCCUAUAGAAUCGCAUUAUCAGUGCUUAAUGCCACAAGACUUCAAUAUGAGCAAGCUGUCGCUUCCGAUGAACUGAUCCCAAGUUUGGAGUCCGUAGUGGAUACCAUUGGUUAUUUCUUCAGCAGCUACGCCGUUGCCAGUUUCGUUACUGCUUUGAUAUUGAAUAGAUUUGUCAUUAUGGCCUCCCUGCGAUCCAAUACCGCUAGAACAUCGUUGCCUCUUUGGUCAAAAUUUGUUUUACAUCUUUCAGCUCUGGUGCCGCUUUUCUAUAAUGUGAUCCAGACUUUAAACCAAGUUGGAAUAAUAGAGGUAUUUCCCGCGAUGGGAUUUCCAUUUUACUUGGCACGAACUUUUACGAUAUUUGCAUGGUCCCACUGCGUUGAGACCUUCAUUACAACAACUACAAAUUCGAAGCCGUUGGAAGAAUCUGACUAUACAAUUUUCGAGCUCUCAGUCCAAUUCUAUUACCUAUCGCAGAGGAAUUUGUAUUUGACUAUGGCGCCCGAAUACCUUUCUGAUUGCCUAAUGGCGCUUUUGGGUAGAAUCUGGAUCCAUAUAGUGGAGAUGUUCAAUCUCAGGAAACACAGAUUGGCGGGUAGUACUGUAUUAAACAUAACUAACAUCAUUUUUUUGAUAUAUCAAGUCAAGACACAUGGAUUUGAUUCUAUCCCAGUGUCAACGAGAUAUAGACAUUUUCCCAAGAUAUUUUCCCUUUUCUUAAUAGUAAUGUCAGUGGCCACCUACGCACUAGCCUGCUUGGUGAGAAAAAAUCCCUUUGGAAACCAGGAAUAUGACACUAAGGAGUUGCAGUUUCAUUCGUUUAUGCACAAUUGGUGGAAUCAUUUAAAUUGUACAGGUGAGGAGGAAUUCUCUCAUGUUGUGAACAAGUUAGCCCUUCUGCUGUGUAACGGUAACGAGUCCAUGAACAGGGGAAUCCAUAGAGAAUAUUCUUCCCUUAAUAAUCCGGCUGACAUUCACCGCAGCUAUAUGAUCAGCGGCUACCUUAACAAGGUCAGCACCAUUCCGGAUGACAUGGAUCAAAAGGACCCGGGGACAGAUAAGCAGUUACAAAGAUUAGGAGCUCCAUCAAUAAUUUCCAAGCUAAAAAUAAGUUACAGUCUUGUGAAAGCAGCGUUUACAUUUUUCUUCAAGCGUAAGUGGCUAGAAAAGCGACAGGUGCAAGAAAAGUCAGCGAACACUAAUAGAUCCGAGAGAUCUAGGGACCUUAAUAAAUUUAUCACAGAAAGAAAUUAUGCCAGGUUCUUGACAAAGCCAGAAUCAGACCGCAAUCACGGCGAGGAAACACCGCUGCUUCCAGAAGAAGAUUACUCUGAGGACUAUCUUCCGGAUUUCGAGACAAGUGAAGAUGAAAGUGAAACAGACACUAUCGGCCCUGAUAACUCCGAAGAACAAGCCGAGGAAAUGCUUCUCAGCACCACUGCACCAAAAGAAAUGGAGUGGUUUAUGGCCAUCUGGCCGAUACUCAAAGUGCAGCUCGCGGAAGAUCGUAGACUAACGAGGUCGCAAUACGCGGCCUCCAGUCCAGCGGAUAUAAUAGCCGAGGUAGUUUCCCAGAAAAGGCAAUGCGCCUCAGCUACCGCAGGAUCGACAGAUGAAGACAUGUUAGGGGACAAUGAUGAGGAAGAUUCCCGUUCAAACUGCGUGGUUUGCAGGAUAAACCCACGCAAUAUUGUGUUGUGGCCCUGUACCUGCUUCGCACUAUGUGAAGAGUGCAGGAUUUCCCUAGGAUUACGAGGGUUUAAUUCCUGCGUAUGCUGUCGUACAGAGAUUCAUGGCUACAGCAGGCUCAACAACGUCUAA